AUGGACAACUAUAAUGGAGAAAGCUUGCUUUACUUGGCUGUCAAAUCUGGCAGUCACGACAAUGUCGAGGUGUUAUUAGAUAAAAGUGCUAAAGCUAACACUAUUGCAAGCACGUAUAACAAAAGAAGUUUGUUACAUUUUGCUGUUAAAAAUGGUAACAACGAAGUAGUUAAACUAGUUCUGGAUCGAUGUGCAUUUCCUGAUAUCAUGGAUAGAUACGGAAACGCUCAUUUACACAUAGCUUUCAGUAAAGACAUCUAUCAACCAGCUCAGCUUCUUCUGAAAAAUGGUUCAGACGUAAAUUUUGCUGAUAAUUUUGGACGCACGUCUUUACAACUGGCAGCAACCCUUGGACACCUUCUGAUUCUUCAGUUGUUGCUUGACCACGGUGCUUCAGUUUACAAGUGUGAUAAUUUUGGUAAGAGUCCGCUCAGUUGUGCUCAAGACAAGAAUCAUCACAAUAUAACGAGACUACUACUAAGAGAAGGUGCGACCACUACGAAUACAUUAACAAGGAGACUUUCAGCGAUUGAGUAUGAUGAGUAUACUUCUUAUCAGUUACAUUGGGCUGCUUAUACAGGACAAGCUGAAAGAAUAGAACCUUUGUUGCAAGAUGGUUGGACUAUCAAUUACGUUGACCAUUUUGGGCGAACUCCACUUUAUAGGGCAGUUACGGAAAAACAUUUCAGAAUUGUGUAA